GCUGCCACCACGAUGCCCAUUGUACUCUUGACCAGUUUACUUUGAUGCACCGGUGAAGAAGGGGGCCCGAAUUCCCCUUUUAGAAGCGUCUCCAGGACACGGAGGUGGUCGUGGAGGACUAGGUGGCGGAGGAGGGGAAGGAGGCCGGGGUGCAAGCGGCGAAAGUGUUGAACCAGCGGUGUUGGCGAGCAGGACGGAGCAGGGAGAGGCAGGCGUCGGGUGUCUGUCUACGCUGUGAGCGCGCAGAGCCGGCUGGCAGGACCAGCGUGGGAACGCGGCCAGCAGGCUGUGGACCGCGUCCUCAGCACAAUGGUCCGGCUCCUCUUGGUUUUUUUCCCAGCGAUCUUUUUGGAGAUGUCCCUUCUUCCCAGAGGACCCGGCAGGAAAGUGUUGCUGGCGGGAGCCUCGUCUCAGCGCUCGGUGGCCAGAAUGGACGGAGAUGUCAUCAUUGGAGCCCUCUUUUCAGUCCACCACCAGCCUCCGGCCGAGAAGGUGCCUGAGAGGAAGUGUGGAGAGAUCAGGGAGCAGUAUGGCAUCCAGAGAGUGGAAGCCAUGUUCCACACGUUGGAUAAGAUUAACGCGGACCCGGUCCUGCUGCCCAACAUCACUCUGGGCAGUGAGAUCCGGGACUCCUGCUGGCACUCCUCCGUGGCUCUGGAGCAGAGCAUUGAGUUCAUCAGGGACUCUCUGAUUUCCAUUCGAGAUGAAAAGGAUGGGCUCAACCGGUGCCUGCCUGACGGCCAGUCCCUCCCCCUAGGCAGGACUAAGAAGCCUAUUGCCGGCGUGAUCGGCCCGGGCUCCAGCUCCGUAGCCAUUCAAGUGCAGAACCUGCUUCAGCUCUUCGACAUCCCACAGAUUGCGUAUUCUGCCACAAGCAUCGACCUGAGUGACAAAACUUUGUACAAAUACUUCCUGAGGGUUGUCCCUUCUGACACUUUGCAAGCAAGGGCAAUGCUUGACAUAGUCAAACGUUACAAUUGGACCUAUGUCUCUGCAGUCCACACAGAAGGGAAUUAUGGGGAGAGCGGAAUGGAUGCUUUCAAAGAGCUGGCUGCCCAGGAAGGCCUCUGCAUCGCCCACUCAGACAAAAUCUACAGCAAUGCUGGGGAAAAGAGCUUUGACCGACUCCUGCGCAAGCUUCGGGAGAGGCUUCCCAAGGCCAGAGUGGUUGUCUGCUUCUGCGAAGGCAUGACUGUCCGAGGCCUCCUGAGUGCCAUGCGGCGCCUGGGUGUUGUGGGAGAGUUCUCCCUCAUUGGAAGUGAUGGAUGGGCAGACAGAGAUGAAGUCAUUGAAGGUUAUGAGGUGGAAGCCAACGGGGGAAUCACAAUAAAGCUGCAAUCUCCAGAGGUCAGGUCAUUUGAUGAUUAUUUCCUGAAGCUGAGGCUGGACACUAAUACGAGGAAUCCCUGGUUCCCUGAGUUCUGGCAACAUCGGUUCCAGUGCCGCCUACCAGGACACAUUCUGGAAAAUCCCAACUUUAAAAGAAUCUGCACAGGCAAUGAAAGCUUAGAAGAAAACUACGUCCAGGACAGUAAGAUGGGGUUUGUCAUCAACGCCAUCUACGCCAUGGCCCACGGGUUACAGAACAUGCACCAUGCCCUCUGCCCGGGCCACGUGGGCCUCUGUGAUGCCAUGAAGCCCAUCGACGGUAGCAAACUCCUGGACUUCCUCAUCAAGUCCACAUUCAUUGGUGUGUCUGGAGAGGAAGUGUGGUUUGAUGAGAAAGGGGAUGCUCCUGGAAGGUAUGAUAUCAUGAACCUGCAGUACACCGAGGCUAAUCGCUAUGACUAUGUACAUGUCGGAACCUGGCACGAAGGCGUGUUGAACAUCGACGAUUACAAAAUCCAAAUGAACAAGAGUGGAAUGGUGCGGUCUGUGUGCAGUGAACCUUGCUUAAAGGGUCAAAUUAAGGUCAUACGGAAAGGAGAAGUGAGUUGCUGCUGGAUUUGCACAGCCUGCAAAGAGAAUGAAUAUGUGCAAGAUGAAUUCACCUGCAAAGCCUGUGACUUAGGGUGGUGGCCCAGUGCAGAUUUAACAGGCUGUGAACCUAUUCCUGUGCGCUAUCUUGAGUGGAGCAACAUAGAAUCCAUCAUAGCCAUCGCCUUUUCCUGCCUGGGCAUACUUGUCACCUUAUUUGUUACUCUUAUCUUUGUGCUGUACCGGGACACACCAGUUGUCAAAUCCUCCAGUCGCGAGCUCUGCUACAUUAUCCUAGCUGGCAUCUUCCUCGGUUACGUGUGCCCUUUUACUCUCAUUGCCAAACCCACCACCACAUCCUGCUACCUCCAGCGCCUUCUGGUUGGCCUCUCCUCUGCCAUGUGCUACUCUGCUUUAGUGACCAAAACCAACCGAAUUGCACGCAUCCUAGCUGGCAGCAAAAAGAAGAUCUGCACCCGGAAGCCCAGGUUCAUGAGUGCCUGGGCCCAGGUGAUCAUCGCCUCAAUUCUGAUUAGCGUGCAGCUAACCCUGGUGGUAACCCUGAUCAUCAUGGAGCCCCCCAUGCCCAUUCUGUCCUACCCAAGUAUCAAGGAAGUCUACCUUAUCUGCAAUACCAGCAACCUGGGUGUGGUGGCCCCUCUGGGCUACAAUGGACUCCUCAUCAUGAGCUGUACCUAUUAUGCCUUCAAGACCCGCAAUGUGCCCGCCAACUUCAAUGAGGCCAAAUAUAUUGCCUUCACCAUGUACACCACCUGCAUCAUCUGGCUGGCUUUUGUGCCCAUUUACUUUGGGAGCAACUACAAGAUCAUCACCACCUGCUUUGCAGUGAGCCUCAGUGUAACGGUGGCCCUGGGGUGCAUGUUCACUCCCAAGAUGUACAUCAUUAUUGCCAAGCCCGAGAGGAAUGUCCGCAGUGCCUUCACCACCUCUGACGUAGUCCGCAUGCAUGUUGGUGAUGGCAAGCUGCCCUGCCGCUCCAACACGUUCCUCAACAUUUUCCGAAGAAAGAAACCAGGUGCAGGGAAUGCCAAUUCUAAUGGCAAGUCUGUGUCAUGGUCUGAACCAGGUGGAAGACAGGUGCCCAAGGGACAGCACAUGUGGCACCGCCUCUCUGUGCACGUGAAGACCAAUGAGACGGCCUGCAACCAAACAGCCGUCAUCAAGCCCCUCACUAAAAGUUACCAGGGCUCUGGCAAGAGCCUGACCUUUUCCGAUACCAGCACCAAGACCCUUUACAACGUGGAGGAGGAGGAUGCCCAGCCGGUCGGCUUCAGCCCUCCCAACAGUCCUUCCAUGGUGGUGCACCGACGUGUGCCAACCGCGGUGAGCACCCCACCUCUGCCGCCCCACCUGACCACAGAGGAGACUCCCCUCUUCCUGGCCGACCCGGCCAUCCCCAAGGGCUUGCCCCCUCCCCUCCAGCAGCCACCGCCACCGCAGAAAUCCCUGAUGGACCAGCUACAGGGAGUGGUCAACAAUUUCAGCACCGGGAUCCCCGAUUUCAACGCGGUGCUCGCUGUCCCCGGGGGUCCGGGGAACGGGGUGCGCUCGCUGUACCCGCCCCCGGCGCCCCCGCAGCACCUGCAAAUGCUCCCGCUGCAGCUGAGCACCUUCGGGGAGGAGCCCGCCUCCCCGCCAGCAGAAGACGAGGAUGAGGACGACAGCGAGAGGUUUAAGCUCCUCCAGGAGUACUUGUACGAGCGGGAAGGGAACACCGAGGAAGACGAGCUGGAGGAGGAAGACGAGGACCUGCAGGCGGCCAGCAAACCCCUCCCCGAGGAUUCACCUGCUCUGACGCCUCCGUCGCCUUUCCGCGACUCGGUGGCCUCCGGCAGCUCGGUGCCCAGCUCCCCCGUGUCCGAGUCGGUGCUCUGCACCCCUCCCAACGUGACCUACGCCUCCGUCAUUCUGAGGGACUACAAGCAAAGCUCCUCCACCCUGUAGGGAGGAGGUGUCCGCGGGGACAGCAAGAAAAACCAGGGAGCACCAGCACCUCCGGAGAUGAGCCGACGGC